AAAUGGACUCUUGGUGGAGACAGUGACAUGCUGGAGGGGGAGGAUAUUGCUGGGUGACAGCAAAGGUGGGGAGGAAUGGGGUCCCCAGGAAGCCUAAUAGGGGCCAGAGAGUGGGUUUCUGAGAGCAUGUGAAAAAUACUUCCUUAUCCGAGACUGAGUCUGUGUGGCUGCUGAUGGCUCCUCGGAUUUCUCACCUGCCUUUCCUGUGAACUCCAGGAUGGACCCAGCGCUCUCGGCAGUCCGGCUCACUGUCCGGGAAGCCAUUCACACCCUUUCAUCUUCUGAGGAUGGCAGCCUCAUUCUCUCCACCCUGGGGUCCCUGAAGCGCUAUCUUGGUGAAACGGAGAACCCAGCCCUCCCCAGGGAGCAGGAGGAAUUUGCCAGGGUCCACUUUUCCGCCUUUCUCAGAUGUCUUGUCGGCAAGCUGAGCCCGGACUGGCUGGAGCUGCUGCCCAAUGGCCAGUUGGAGGAGCUGUGGGCCAGCUUCUUCCUGGAGGGCCCAGCCGACCAAGCCUUCCUGGUGCUGAUGGAGUCCAUCGAGGGCACUGCCGGCCCGAGCUUCCGUCUGAUGAAGAUGGCGCAGCUCCUGGCCGGGUUCCUGAGCGCGGGCAGGAUGGCCGCCGUGAUGGAGGGGCAGUGUCGGCAGCACACAGAGCCAGCCUCACCCCUGCUCCAGGAGACGCUCCUCACCAGGGUGGUGGGCCUGCCCGAUCGCCUGGGCAACCAUCUGCAGCAGGAGAGCCUGGCUGUGUUCUUGCCCCAGAACUACUUCCCUCUGCUCGGCGAGGAGGUUGUGCGGGUGCUACAGGCUGUCGUGGACUGUCUCCGAGGUGGCUUGGACUGCUCCAUCUCCUUCGUGUCUCAGGUCCUUGGGAAAGCCUGUGUCCACGGGAGGCAGAAGGAGAUCCUGGGUGUGCUGGUGCCCCGGCUGACAGCGCUCAUCCAGGGCAGCUGCCUCUGGCAGCGGGUCUGCUGGCGCCUGGUGGAGUGCGUGCCUGACCGGGCAAUGGAGGCUGUGCUCACAGGGCUCGUGGAGGCCGUCCCGGGGCCUGAAGUCCUCGCGCGACUGUUGGGAAACCUGGUGAUGAAGAGUAAGAAGGCCCAGUUUGUGCUGACUCGGAAGCUUCUGUUCUUACAGUACAGAUGCACGACGCCCACACUGCAGAGCCUGCUGGGGUACCUGGCCAUGGACAGCCAGCGGCGCCCGCUCCUUGUACAGGUGCUGAAGGAGCUCCUGGAGACGUGGGGCAGCGGCAGCGCUGUCCGCCACACGCCCCUACCGCAGCAGCGCUACAUCAGCGAGGCCGUCCUCAUCUGCCUGGCGCACCUGGGGGAGGCGGAGCUCCGGGACAGCCGGGACGAGUUGCUGGCCAGCCUGAUGGCAGGAGUGAAGUGCCGCCUAGACAGCAGCUUGCCCCCUGUGCGCCGCCUGGGCAUGAUCGUGGCUGAGGUGGCCAGUGCCCGGAUCCACCCCGAGGGGCCUCCCCUGAGGUUCCAGUAUGAAGAGGACGAACUGAGCCGCGAGAUGCUGGCCUUGGCCACCUCCCGGCCUGCGGCUGACAGCCCUCUGGAGGCAGGCUCAUCUGUCACUCCAGUCACUGCAGAGACCCCUGACAAAGAGACUGAGGACGGUGGCGCCCCACAGCCACGGCCGGAGGGCUCUGAUUCCGAGCUGGACAGCGAUGACGAAUUUGUCCCUUAUGACAUGUCGGGGGACCGAGAGAUGAAGAGCAGCAAGGCGCCGGUGUACAUCCGGGACUGCAUUGAAGCUCUGACCAUAUCUGAGGACUGGGAGCGCUGGGAGGCGGCCCUGCGGGCCCUUGAAGGACUGGUUUUCAGGAGCCCAGCUGCCACUCGGGAGGUGAGUGUGGAGCUGGCCAAGGUGCUGCUGCACCUGGAGGAUAAGACGAGCGUGGCAGGAUUCGAGGGGCUACGCCAGAGAGCCCUGGUGUCCGUCACGGUCACAGACCCGGCCCGGGUAGCGGAGUAUCUGACCUCACAGUUCUACGCCGUCAACUACAGCCUUCGGCAGCGCAUGGACAUUCUGGAUGUCCUGACUCUGGCUGCCCAAGAGCUGUCUCGGCCUGGGCGCCUCGGGAGGGCUCCCCAACAUGGCUCCCCAGGUCCCACCUCCCAGCCUGGCAGCGCUGCGGCUCCUGCCUGGCGGGCAGUUGUGGAGGAGCGGAUCAGAAGCAAGACCCGGCGGUUCUCGAAGGGCUUUGCAAGGCAGGGACCGGCCACGGGCCCCAACGAAUUCAACUCGGUGGCUGGCUCCUUCUUCUUCCCUCUCAUUCAACAUUUUGACAGGCCUCUGGUGACCUUCGACCUUUUGGGAGAUGACCAGUUGGUUCUGGGGAGACUGGCCCACACCUUAGGGGCCCUGAUGUACCUGGCUGUGAAUACCACGGUGGCUGUGCCCAUGGGCAAGGCCCUGCUGGAGUUCGUGUGGGCCCUUCGCUUCCAUGGCGAUGCCUAUGUGCGCCGGGGCUUGCUCUCUGCUGUCUCUUCCGUCCUCCUCAGCGUUCCGGCCGAGAGACUGCUGGCGGACCUGCCAGACGAGCUCCUGGAAGCCCGGUCCUGGCUGGCAGACGUGGCUGAGAAGGACCCAGAUGAGGACUGUAGGAUGCUGGCGGUGAAGGCGCUGCUGCUUCUGGAGAGACUCAAAGACAGACUCCUCCCACUUUCUUCUUAGUCCCCGGCACCUUCUCAGCGCCAGUCCCACUGGGAGAGGUGAAGGCUGGGCAGGCUGAGUGCAGGGCCCGAGGAGGGAUCCCAAAAGUCUUGUGGUUUUGUGGCCCGGCCAGUUCGUGGGUGGGCCAUCUGGUACGAGCGUGCAAGCAGGAAGGCCACUGCCCCCACUCCUGCCACUACUUAUAUCCUGGAAAGUCUGAGUGCAUAGCUACAGUCCCCACGAGGCCCUCUGGACAGUGCCCCCCACGGACAGAGCACCCUGAAGGUCGGGUCGGGUCCCUGAGGAGGGCCACAGGCAGGGCAGAACCCGCAGAGCGGUGGUUGCUGGAGGGA